GGGACGCUGGGAGUGGCGGUUGUUUCAAGAUGGCGGAUGUGGCCGCGGGGCCGGAAGGAGCCGCUCGCUGGAGCCGGGACCUUUCUGAUGAAGACCAGCCACCUGUAUAUGUUCCAGGAGUUUCCGCAGAGAGGAAUUUUAGAGCGAGACACCUGCCGAAAGGUCAGAAAGCAGAAGUGAGAGCAAAGGCACCUGCAGCAGUUGCUCCUGUCCCAAUGGAUGCCUUGAGGAACUCCGGAGAAAUGCCUGGACAUCAGGUCCCUGACAAAGGAGGAAUGAAGAGUGCUUCUCUAAAGGAUUUAUGUCCUGAAGACAAGAGACGCAUAGCAAACUUAAUUAAGGAGCUUGCAAGGGUGAGCGAGGAAAAAGAGGUGACAGAAGAGCGGCUGAAAGCGGAACAGGAGUUGUUUGAGAAGAAGAUCAGACAACUUGAAGAACAGAAUGAACUCAUUAUCAAAGAAAGGGAAGCCCUGCAGCAGCAAUACAGAGAGUGCCAGGAGCUCUUGAGUCUUUAUCAGAAAUAUCUUUCGGAGCAGCAAGAAAAACUAACGCACUCCCUUUCAGAGCUUGAGGCCACCAAGCAAAAAGAGCAGCAGAUGUCUAACCAAAGAGGUCUGUGCCAGCAACUACUGCCUUCCGAAUUAGAUGGAUCCUACCUUAGUAUAACUAGACCACAGACUUUAUUCAAGAACAAUGGAAUGGCAUGUGGAAGUCCUACUCCUAUAUGUCUUGCUCAGCCUUGUAGAAACAGUUGUCUUCAUGGGACUGAAGUCCCAGGAAGUCUUCAAGAAGCUAGGAACAGUUCCCUGUUGGAAAACAGUCUGCAUGGUAAAUGUAACAAUGUGGUGUCCCCACCAAAGCAGAAAUUGCCUCCCCAUGAUGAAAGGACUCCUGAUGUGGGCCGCAGGAAGAACACUUGUCCUCUUCAAACCUGUUCUUUCCACAAGAAAAUGAGCAGCUCCAUUCAUGAUUCUUUCCAAGAUGGUGCCUACAUUCCGAAAAGAUAUUCUGGACCCCAUUGUGAAUCCUCUGCAAAUUAUUCCUGCCUGUCUCGUCCUUCGGGCUUGAACGGCAGUACCGGCUCGAGGUCAAAAGAAACAGAGCGUGGUAAAAAGUUGUCUGAAGAAAGAAGACGACAGCUGGUGCUCCAGAAAAUGGAGCUGGAAAUCGAAAAGGAACGCCUUCAGAAUCUGCUGGCGAAGCAGGAGGCAAAGCUGUUGCUCCAACAGCAGCAGCUGCACCAGUCCAGGCUUGAUUACAGUCGGUUUAAAGGCCACACUCCUAAUUCAGAAGAACUGCUCAUUGAUGAAGCACUGAUGAGACCGGGCGGCUUGGCCCCAGUGAUGAAUGGCACUUGUGGGCGCCUAAGUUCCCCCAAGCUCAAUUGCGAAGCGUGCUUUUCAAAAACUCCAGCAUCUGGGAGAGCCAGCAAGGCACCAGGAAGCAGUGGAGGAAACAGUUCAGGGAAGAAGAGUGUUGGCUUCAGCGCCCAUGCGGAAGAGGAAGCCCUUUGGAAAUGUACAAAGAAGGAAGCCGUCAGGCCAAAAAGAGGGAUGGCUUCGGGCUUCCGGAAGGAUGCAGCUACAUCCCCCGGACUGACAGGCAGCAGGAAAGAGCUUGUAACUGCAGCCACUUCCCCAAUCCAGCAUGACACCUUGCGAUAUGAGGCCUCUCUCCUGGAUCUGGUGGACGCAAUGAGCCCGGUGCUUCAGCCUCAGUACAGUGAGAGCCGCAGCCACAACAAGGGGCCCGUGCUGGAAAGUGGGAACUGGAGGAGGCCCGGUUGGUAUCGGAGUCCCCCCAGUGCCAAGCAUAGGACAGCAGAGCUGGAAGAAAGCCGGAUUCUGGAGGAAAUCUUUUUCAUUUGAUGGGCCUGGCAGUUGCAACUUUCUCUAUAGAUCUAAGGACUUUCUUUUUCAAUGUGGGUGUGUUUACAUGUCAAAAUAUUGGUUUUAAAUUAUUUGAUUGACGAAUGAUUGUCUCCACUCUCCCCUUUAGCAAAUUAACACAAUAGUUUUCCCCUCUAUAACUUCCUAAUCAUGUUAUAAAAGUCUCUUCUUGAAUGAGCCAAGCAGAGAGUUCAUGAAACAUUUCUGAGCUCUUUUCUGUACUGUUUCAAGGUUAAAAAAAAUUUAAAGAAAAAAUACUCAUGCUGUUGUGGAAAAGGAAUAAUGUUGCAUUAUUAUUUUUUAUUUUAUUUUUUUUAGCUUUGCAAACUGGUUUGCUAGAGCUUCAUCUCUCACUAAUGCACUCACACACAAAAGGACAUUCCAACUAUAUAAUUUUCCUUUUUAAGAGUGGCCUGUUAAAUUUGAGUGUGCCAUGUAUACGUACAGCUAAUGCAUUUCUGGAGUGUUCCAUCAAAUCCUGUGUUUGUACCAUUUGAGUGCUUUUUAGGCAGGUAACCUGCAACUCCUCUCAACACUAAUAGAUAUUUUCCACUUAAUGAAUCUCUUACAAAAGGUGCCUCUUUAAGAAAAAAAAAUCAAGGUUGCAUAGGACGCAAAAUAUUGACCAAGAUGGCACUUAGUUGUAACAAAAUUAGGUAUCCUAGCAAUCUCAGCCGCUGCCUUUUCUCCCCUCUUCCAUAUGUGAGGCACUUGAGUAACAAGAUGAGACCAUUUCCUAGACUGAGGUUUCCUGUGACUGAGGCUUUUUUGACACUACCCACUCCUUGAUGUUGUAAAUAAAGAGCAAUCAGUAAUUAUUUCCCCUCUCCACUUGCAAUGCAUGUUCCUUCUUCUGCCUUAAAAUUAGUCAUGUUUUAAAAGAUGCUCCCCCACCUCCCCUGCUCCCCAGCUUCAUGCUCGGUUAUUUACGAAACAUGUGGAAGUGGAGAAAAUGAUCCUGCAGGUUAUGGAUCGACAGUCAAUUUCAGCAUAGUCUCCCUGUUUUCUUGGGAUUAGAGCUGCUGGCUUGAAGCCCAGGAAGCACAGCUAUGGAUUCCUUCUCUUCUUGCACAACGUGAAAAUAUUUGUAAUACUUGGGGGUAGGGUGCUAGGGGAAGAGGAUCAGCGCUAAGGAGUGACCUACGCCUUCUCAUGUGCCUUUACUGCUUCUGAUUUUAGCCUCCACAUCUGCUUGUGUGACCACCCAUCCAAGAGUAAGCAUCCAGAGGUGGGACAUAUUUGGUUUACACCAGGAGAGGAGUAAGCCCUUGCCACCUUCUAAGGUUGGGUUGGGGAAUGUGUGGCCUCUGGACCCCAUGCAGCCCCAUCUUGGUAGCUCCCAUAGCCUCCAACCCCUCCAUUUUAAUUUUUGGUGCAUUAGGAGGUGAUUUUUGCCCUAAAGCUAUGCUCCCAAACCCCCAAACAACCUCCCACACUCCUAAAUCUGCUGAAUCCUCCAGAUACUUCCUUUUUCAAUCAUUUUCCAUUCACAAUGGUGGCCAGAAGUGACACAGUGUCACUUCUGCUCACCAUUUUGUCCAGAAAAUUAAGUAUUUUUGCAUGUCACUGGAAGGAGUGUGCAGCUCAUGGGGGUGAGGUGGAAAUUUGACCCCAGUCCCCACCUUAUUGUCCACCCCUGUCCCAAACUGGCAGAAGGUAACCUUCUUCGGAGCUUCUGUUAAGGAGUAACAUGUUUUCCCAGCUCUUGAAUUUGUGCUUUAUUUUUAGCCAGCCUGCCAGGGGUCAGAAGUGGGUAUGGAUUGCCAAAAUGAAAUUAUGUGCCACAAGGUCCUCUUCAUCAUUAUGAAAUCAAGUAGGAAAUGAUGAACUCUUGAAUUGUAGACUUUGCGAGUGUGUUCUGUGCAGGGAUAGCAGAUAGCUUCCAUGUCACUGAGGUGGUAAAUCUGCUCUGGGCUGUAGCUUGAACUUUAAAGAAGCCACACAAGGUAACGAACCCUACCACCACCACCCCAAAAGUUCACCACUUUGGAUAGCUCCUUUAGAUUAAAACCCAGAGCAGAUUCACUGCCCUUCUCCCAACAUGGAAGUCGCCAGCAUCCUCUGUUUCUGUCUGCCCCGUUUGAUCAGCUGAGCUCUUGAGCUUUUGUCCAUAUCAGGCCCCUUUCUAACCUUGUUGCCCAUGUUUCUCUGUCACGUAUCUCUUGCUUUCAUUAGCCAGCAUUAUUGUAUUGCUGUCCAUUCAUUAUGAUAUCUGCCCUUUCCAUUUAGACAUAGGAAUUACAGAAAUGAAAAGGACACAGAACAAAUAGGACUCCUUUCUGAAUUCAGUUUUUUAAGGUUGCUUCACUGCAGGGGACUAUAUUAUAGUUUGCCUUUAAUUUCUAGUUGUCUUCUGAUUGCCAGGUUAUCAUUCUGAUUGCCUUUUUUAAAAUACUGUUUUCAACCUUAAGAGAGGUGCCUUUGGAUUUACAUUCCAGAGUGCUAUAUUGGAGUGGUUUUUCAUCUCCAGUUCUUAGUUGGUGCCAAUAUUUAUCUCUUUUAAUAUUAAAUCUAGGUGUUCUUUUUUAUAUAAAGAUGUUGAUAAAUAGUUGCAUUUAACACAGUUGAUUUUAAUUUCAAAUUAAACCUUGUCUCUCAGUGUCUUUUGAAAGGAAUGUUGUCAAAGGAUUGACUUGUAAAGUAUCCAUGAUGGUUAAAAUUCAUCCAUAGAAAAGACCUGUCACUGAGGCACUUUUUUAAAAAUGUAGUAAAUAAGCAGGCAAAGAGGUCACCUGCACAGCUAGGCCAAGCACUCCAGAUUCAAUUUUAUGAAGUUCACAAAGUCAGUGAGUGAAACAGCUGUCAUUUUGGGAACAUAUAUGGUCGUUAAUGUGAGUUAAAUGGAGAAAGUGUACAGACACCUGCUGCUGUGCCCAUGUUUGCAGCAUUAACCAGGAAUUCUGUACAUUGAUUGGCAAAUAUGGGAAAAGAGGAAAGGAUGCAUUGUGGCUGAACAGUAUUCUGUCAAGCAGUGCAUGUUUUCUAAGGUAAUUGGGUGGCUCUGUGCAUUAGCCAUGCAAUAUACUUUUUUAAAAAACAUUUUCAUGUGCGUGUAUUUGGUGAAUGUGCACCACAACUGGUGUUUCUGGAAUAGCCUUUUAAAAUUCACAUUAAACCACAAACAUGUCCAUCCCCCAGAAACCAAGCUUGCAGCUCUUUCCCAUGUAGCCCACAUUGCUACCAGCAGGAUUGUGCAGACAGCGUUGUUUAGCCAACACAAGUGGUAGGUAGGUGAAUUAUCACAUACUUGAAGUGAUUAAAAGAUAUUCCUGGAUAACAAAUUAAAAAGGAGCAAGCUCAACCAUUGUAGAUAACCAGAAAUCGUUGUUUUUCCCAUCUACUGAAACAGUAGCAGAGAAUCAAAAUUUAAAAGUAGCCAGGAAUGAAAUCUGUCCUGCUCCUGGCUGUUUAAAUUUAUGGAGGUGGGUGAAAAGGUAAAGAAUUCCAUGUCUAUUUCUGAAUGGGUUCAGAGUGGUAUUGGAGUCCUGUUUCUUGUGCCAGAUUGCUCUUUGCGCCUUGGAUUUGAUUCUGCCUCAAUGGCUGGUUGGUGCCUCACCUGUUAUUAUAGUCAUCUCCCUUACCCCAACAUGCACUUUGUAAAGAAUGGAUAUGUAAAACAAUCACACACCCCUCUCCUACAUUGGUUUCCUCUUGGUAAAUGUUCCUUUAAACUCGACUGGAUCUUUUAAAUAUAUAUGUGUGUGAUGUUUUUAUUUAAUAAAUUAUCAAGGUGGUUCUUCCCUCC